AUGCCAACACAACCAAAUACACCCAUACCGAUUCCUGAGCAACAAAUCACGCACUCGAAAGCAGCAAUAAUCGGUGGAGCAAUAGGCGGCACGAUAUUUCUUCUGCUCGUCUUGGUCGUAAUCUUCAUCCCUUUAUUCCGACACCAGCGUUCUUGUCUCGAUAUAACAUUUCGCCAUUGUUCCACUACUCCUGCCCCGAGUAUCCGUAACGACUCGAUGCAAGAGGAGAAAAUCGUCCAACAGCAGGUUAUGCAAGCAGAAGGAGGAGAGGAGCCAGGAGAGAAGGUAUUGGGCGGUGGGAAAGACGGAGAGAGGAUGUUGGGCUUGGGGUUGGAGGAAAUGGUGGGACUGGAAGAAAUGCUGAGGAUUGAAUUUCCUAGUCCUUCGAGGUAUGAGUUGGAUGCUGGAGGUUUCGUGGAGGGGAGGGCGAACUGGGAGAUUAAAUUGUGA